CCGUUGGACGCGGUGGCGCCGGGCGGAGGAGAGCCCCCCGGCGGGGACCCUAGUGGCGAGGACUAGUGGACGCGCCCCGGGGGUCGUUGGGGCCCUGCCAGCAGAACCUGAGCUGCCGCCCCCGUGUCGGUCUCUCCACUUUCGUCACAGCACUUACCCAAAGGCGGCUCCGGGGUGUUUUUACCUUUUUCAGACUUUGGCAAAAUUGCGAGUUCCUAGAUCUCACGCAUACGCAGACGGUGCUGUGUAUGGGCCAUUCUUGGCGAUGCGGUUUAUGGGUUUAGGAUGCAAAAGAAAUUCCUUUCUCCGUUCUGAAGUGUUUAAUGUUCUAGGAAAUGAAGAGAAAAGAGCAAAACUUGCAGAAGCUGCAGAGAGAAGACAGAAAGAGGCUGCGUCUCGGGGGAUUUUGGAUGUUCAGUCUGUGGAAGAAAAGAGAAGGAAAAGGGAAAAAAUAGAAAAACAAAUCGCUUCCUCUGGUCCCCCACCAGAAGGUGGACUUAGAUGGACAGUUUCAUAAAGCAUGACACGAGUGGAAGAAUCUACUACAGUAACGUUAAUAUCUGCAAUCAAGUGAACCUUCUCAAUUUAAUUUCUUCUCUUUGAAUAAAUGAAGAUUCAGAGUUUGUAAUUUUAGUUCCCUUAAAUGCAGUACUAAAUCUAUAUUGAAAAUAUUGCAAAUACUUCUGAUUCUUAAACUUAGACAAUGGUGAGAACUUUCAUUAAAUACUUAUUUUCCCACAUUUCCUUAUCUGCAGGCAGUGAGUGGUGAUUUGCCAUUUUUUAGCAGUUAAAGCAUGAACCUGAGUAACAAAUGUGUAUGUAUCUGCAUGUAAAAAGUCUGCAUACAUCUCUAAUAUUAAAAUUUGAAAUUGUAUUCCCCUCCUUUCUAAAAUAAUCUAGCUCUUCCUGGAAACCCUGGUGGCAUAACGGCUAAGUGCUAUGGCUGCUAACCAAACGAUAUUUUUUUUUAGCUCUUUGUAAAUGUGCUGCUUAGCCUUAUGUCUGUUUUUAUUUCAUUAUAUUUGAAGACUUUUACUUAAACUUACAAAUUUAGUGCCUUUCAACUGAUCAUCAGGGAAAAUCUUGGGAAAAAUCAUUUUAAGGGCUUAUAUGAAGGAACAGUAUAAAUUUGUAAAACUAGGUAAUGAAUAUUUGUAGACGUAUGUUGUUUCUCCCCAUUUUCUAUUUCUGUAGCUCAUAAAGUUUAAAAAUUUGUUUUACAUUACACUGAAGUUUUUUUUAUUCCAGAAUUUUAAAAUUAUAUAUUAAUGGUACCAUCAGAAGGAGCCCUGGUGGCGCAGUGCUUGCUUAAGCACUCAGCUGCUAACUGACAGGCCAGCAGUUCAAACCCACCAGCCACUCUGUGGGAAAAAGAUGUGGCAGUCUGCUUCCGUAAAGAUUACAGCCUUGGAAACCCUAUAGGGCAGCUCUACUCUAUAGGGUCACUGUAGUCAGAAUCAACUUGAUGGCAGUGGGUUUGUUUUUUUUUUUUUUUUUUUUGGAGGGGCAGGGGUACCCUCAGAGAGCAGUGAUGUACUGUUGUAUAGUAACAGAUUCGGCUCUAUUAAAAUCUGUAGUAACUGAAUAAGUUAAACUGAGAUUCUGAGUGGAUUAUACUGAUUGGAAUGUACUUGUCUAAAUUUCAUAGGCAUUUUUAUUCUUUUGUAUUUAUUAAGGAAUGAUCAUAGGAUUUAUAUACACAUAAAAUUGCCAAGGAAUAUAUGAGUAUAUGAAAGAUAGGUACUCUGUUUAAAAGGUCUGUUUCAAACAUAAAAAUGUGAUGAGGUAGUUCUAUAAGAUGUAUUGUCAUAAACUUUUAAGAUUUUUGUUCAUUAGAAGCAUAAGUUUUAUAGCAUUUUUGUUUCAUGAGGUUUUUAAAAUAUAUACAUAUAAUAUACUAAGAAAUAGAACAAUUGCUAUUUCUUUAGACUAGCCACUGUAGGGUCGCUGUGAGUUGGAAUCAACUCAGUGGCAAUGGGUCGGGUUUAUUAUGGUUGCUAACUCUUUUGAAUGGCAAGGCUAUACUACUGAGUCCUAAAUUAGAAUUUUCAGAUUCUAAGUGCCAAUAGAGAUAGCAAAUUAAAUAGACCAUUUGGUUUACAGAAAGGAAACUGAGCCACCAUCUCACCCAUCCUUCCCAUGAGACUUUUGUUAUAUUGCAGUAUGUUGUAUAUGCUAAUUUUAGAGAGUUUGACUGUAAAGUAGGUCUCUUGACCCCUCAUGGGAAAAAAUACUUCUUUUGUGGCAUAAAAUAUUCUAUGAAUAUCUAGGCAAGACAUAUAAUUAGACUCAGUUUUCUUCAUCUUGUUAGAGGAUUUUGGUAUUUUUGUUGAUAAAGGAUAUUGAGAUCAUUGAAAUGUAUUUUAGAAACAAACAUUUUUAACUUUAUGAAGAUGAUGAGUUUUUCCAAGUUAGAAAGGAAAAGGGAGCAUUUAUAGCUGAAUGGAUUUAGAACCAGAGCAUUUCAUUUUAGAAUUGUGCGAGUUCUUUCUACUAUUUUAAUAUGACAGUAACAAUUUUAUCUUCAUUCCAUCUCAAACAUUAGAGCUUGGCUUGAUGGUCAGGGAAACCUAGGGGCAAUUUCAUCUCUUUGCGAUUAAUGAGAAUAGAGCUAAAGGCUGUUUGGUAUGUCCAUACAGUCCUCGAAUUUAUAGUUAGGCAUGUUCCUUUUACUAGACUGUAAAGGAGAAAUGAUAUUAUUAGUCUCCUAUUUUCUUAGAGAACAAUACUAAAGGUUUACAUCCAGGGAACAAUACUGUUUCUACAGUAGCACACCUAAACACCAUGCUCAUCUGUGAAUGAUGUACGGGUAUAUUGCUUUCUGGGAACAGUGGGAUAUACUGCUCCGUGAGUGUGAUCAACUUUCCCCAAAAUCACAUGGGUUGCAUGAGCUAAGAAGUGGAGACCCAAAUGUUUGUUAGGAACAUUGUUAGGAAGGAGAAGGAAAAAGGUACACAUGAUGCCUGAUGUUGUUGUUGUUAGGUGCUGUCGAGUCAGUUCUGACUCAUAGCAACCCUGUGUACAACAGAAUGAAACGCUGCUCGAUUUUGCACUGUCGUCACAAUCAUUGUUAUGCUUAAGCCCGUGGUUGCCGGAAAGGAAACACAGAUGCCUGAUAGGAAACCAGUAAUUACUACUAAAAAGAAAGAAAUUAAUACACACAGUCAUCUCCCUCAUAACUAGGUUAUGAACUAGGAACUAAUCUCUGAUGAAAACGCUUAACUGGGAGCCAAUUUUCCAUAAUUUAAAUAGAAAAAAAUUUGUUUUAUAUGUCAACCCAAGCCCCAGUCAAAUUAUGAAAAUAGAACUAAAGCGUUAAAAUGAGUAUAUAUAACUAUCAUGUUAAGAUAUAAAAUGCUUAAAUUAUUGUUUUCUAAUUCUAAUCAUUAAAUUAUUAGUAUGGCUAGUAUCAAAAAGUUGUGUUUUACUAUCUAAACCCUUUGUUGGCAAAUGGCAUGUUUUUUAAGCACGAAUAGGUGAUGUUGUUGUUCCGCCGAUUGUGUUUGGUAUGUAACUCAAUAUUUUCCCCCCCGUGAUUUUGUGAUAAAUCUGUAUUACCUUUUGGGAGUGUAAAUACCCAUUUUUCCUGUAUAAAAAUUGGCUUUGGCCAUCUCUUUUUAACAAAAAAUCAUGUUUUACCUUUGGUAACCCAGGAGAAUUGACACAAGCUUUGAAUGUUCCUUUUCUCCUCCAACAGUUUGACUGGUUUAUUUUUACUGGUAGGAAUUAUGCUACAGCCUUGGGAAGGAAAAAAAAAAAAAAAGAA